AUCCACUGGGUUAUUACACCUUAUGGUAUCCCUUUUGGGGAAGCUGGUAAAUUUGACCAGGGGGAAAGUCAUCCACGUAUUCUUCUGUGGCUUGCGUGGAUCCGGGAAGACAACACUUUUAUAUAAAUCCUUGAUAAAAGAUUGGGUCAAUAUUAGUAACGAGAUUGAGCCUACUAUUCUGUAUCACUAUGAAGAGUUGUGGUUGAAGCGGAAGUGCUUUGGCAUAUGGGAUUUCAGUGGAGAUUCCAAGAUUAAAGACAUACCUGCGUAUGUAUCUAAACUCGUUCAUGUUACGGCUAUAGUUUUUCUGAUUAACUCAGUGGAGCACCCUGAGACGGCAUGUAAUGAGAUAAUUGGGCGUUUAGAAAGCUUAUAUAAUGAAGAAUCUUGUUGUAAUACAUUGUUCAUUAUAGCUUUCAAUCAGAUAUCGCAUGAAUUGCAACAUUAUGAGCUCGAGUCUUUGAUUAAGAACCACUUUUCCUCAUCAGGUCGAUUUCAUUUUACCACGAUUAAUGCUUUGGAUGGGUUGGCGGAUUGUAAUUGGCUGAAUUGCCUGGAAACCAUUCAUCUACACUACAAGAAUACAAUGAGUCGGCAACAGUGACACCUGUGUA